AUGGCUGCCCCAGCCGAGCGCUUCCUUCAGCUCUACAUCUUUGAGAAGGCGCCCCGGUGUCUUCCACCCUACGUGGACCUCCGGAACCUGCACGGUGAUGGCCUCGUUCGAGCCGUCCGCCGGGCGGCGCUGCACCCCUGGCGCGACGCGCGCUUCUGGCGCCGCGCGGCGGAGCACGUGUCGACGAUGGAGCCUGGAAAGCUGCCGGGUCGAGACUUGGCGCAGGUUUGCUUGGCCUUCCGAAAGGUGGACUUCCCCAGCGUCCUGCUGUCACAGUACUGCCAGCAAUAUUUGCAAACCAACUACCAAAACCUCAAUACCUUCGAGCUUGCCGCCGCUCUGAACUACUUCUGUUUCGCGGGCGCUGGCCUGGCAGGUGGUGACGACUUCAUCCGUGCUGCAGCGGACGAGGCCGUGAACGACUGGCGAUUAAGGGAGACGGUGCCAUGGUCUGCCUGGCGGAUGCUCGUCACUGCAGCAGCAGAGGCCGGGAUAGACCACCAGCGCCUCUUUGGCACAGCGGCGCCCCACCUGGCCCGCAACGUGAAGUUCAUGAGUGGGAAGGACGUUGUGGACGUGUGCGGGGCCUUUGCAGAGUUCCGGUUUAAGCACCAUGGGCUCCUUGGGGAGGUGUCCCGCUUUCUGCCGGCUCUGGGUCUGUCUGGCGCGGAGGCAGCGGCCCUCGAGGCCUCCUUUCAGCGCCUGGACUUCGAGGCGCCCUUUCUGCAGCGGAUCCCUGAAGAAAUCAAGAAGAGCUCUGCUAGCCGUGCGGGCUACUGGGGCCAACCCGAUGCCGAGUUCAACUGGUGCGAGCUGGACUAUCAGCUCGUGGAUUGGAUCGCCGAGCCUGUGAAUACGGCGUCCUGUGUGGUCAUGGUCCUCCUUCCGCUGAUGUUCCUGGCAACGCACGAGGCAACUCCUGACAACACCGUCAUCGGAUGGCUGGAGGUGGCCAUUGCCUUGGGCAGCAUGCUCUUCCACGCCACCCUGCGUUAUCCCAUGCAGCUUGCUGAUGAGAUCCCCAUGCUCUGGUACGUGGCCGCUGUGGACUCGAGCUGCUUGUGGCGGCUCCGUGGCGUAGACGUCUCGUACCUGCUGGCCGGCUGGGUGGCCAUCGUGACCGGCAUGAUCCUGGCCCGGGCCCUGGAGCCGCUGGCCCUGCCUCAUUCAUACUUCACAUCCAGCAUUGUGUCGAGCCAGAGCCAGGCCUUGCGUGAGAAACGCAUCACGCGUUUGUUGAUUGCUCAUCCGCUAAAUUGGUGGAGAAGGUACAUCGUGUGGCUGCGCAUCUCCGCUGCAGUGUCGAGGCGUCUGACGAAGCAUCACUGCAUCACCGUGUGCUUCGCCUCGAACUGCCCAAACAGCAGGUUCAGUUCAGACUUCGAUCUUCGCGUGGCGUGGGAACGCGUGACCUCUGAAGAGUCCUUUGUGGAGCGUGUGACUGCUGCUUUUUCCAGGGCCACGAACUCGCCUGCGGUCAAAGGCUCGUCUGAGUUCCGUCGGAGGAAAGCUGUCCUCUUGGUGGUCAUCCGUGCGCUGGUGCAGCUUCUCAUCGGUACUCAGCAACAGUCUGGGGCCAUACGGCUGGUCCGAACUCGAGAAAGAGAGCUCGAGGGCACGGAGGCAUUGCCAUAUCAUCCUUACGCUACGUUCGUCGAGGAUACCCUGGAAGAGGUCAGAGGAGUGCUUCAGGCACCUUCGCCGGAGCCUGAGAUACCGGCUCCGAGGACUCCUCCUGCUGCAGCAGAUCUUCUUGUGUAUCGUCCCAAAGCAAAGGCCCGACCCGAGUCCAGACCACCGCAGGACUGGGAGUUGGACGAAAGAGAGUAUCCAACCAUAGCGGAUUCGUUCAGGGUACAGGUUGAAUUGGGACAACACUCAGAUAGAGAAGCCAUAAACCGGUGGACUACUGAAGAGUGGAGAGAGCAUAAUCAGGCGCUCUCAUCUUCUUCUUCUGCCGCGCCGCGUGUUGCACCUUUGGAAGUGGUCGAAGUGCGUGAGGACAUCCCUGUCCUGAUUUCAUUGGAUUUCAGCGGGGUGCUCAACAUCCACUUUCAGGACAGCCGAGAUUUUUUGGACCGUUUGAACGCAGAGCGUCCGAGCCACGUGAAGCUGAAGUUUAUUUGCACGAGUUACUCUGGGACAGAACGGGCCAAAGAAACGCGUCAGUCGAUGGCUUCGGAGCUUCCGGGCGUGCCAGUCUACAUCACUAGCUCUCCAACGGGCCGUCCUGGAAAAGGAGCCUUCAUUAAGCGUUUGAUGGACCGGCGGUCGGAUCACUUUGCGUGUCAUUUGGAUGACAGAUCAGACAUCGUGCGGGACGUCGAGGCGUAUGGUGUUCACGGUAUUUUGGUAUCGCCGAAUACGUGGCUGACUGAUCUCGUGUCCACUUCCAGCACGCCGCCUACACCACAGGUGACAGAGCAGCACUCCUUUGUCCAUGAGAUCUUCCGUGGUCUCAUGACGCUGUCCUUCUGCAUUGGCCUGGUGGUGAUAGGUUGGGGUGCCUCGGCGCUGGCGGCACGGAUCAAGCGAGAAGUGUCUGACAAGCAACGCCGAGUAGGAGAGGCCGCCGAAGCCAUCCUUUACGCCGCCUUGCUCAUGUUCGCAGUCUCCGUGGUUUCCUGGCUGCUGGAUAACUAUUUCUGCAGCGCGCUGCGCAACUUGCCGGGUGGUUUGCCCUAUCCCCAGCUACACACAUGGUGGCACGUGUUCAUAGCUGGCACCUUGCACUGUAUAAUGCUUUUGCUGCACCUCGAUUCGCGUCGUGAAUCUAGCAGCGUCCUGGUGAAGUAUGUUGCGGGGAUUUUCCCCGUGAUCCGUGACUAA